UUGUAUCUACUGAUGUGUCGCUGCAGAAGAUUAAUCGAUUUACAUUAACGGCUAAAUGUAUUGAUCCGUGAGAGAUUACUCAGUAUAUACUUUGGGUCGGGAUGUAAUAGCCGUUUAAAAUAAAAUUGUACCUAAAACCAGUAUCUCAAAACCGGUUUCCACUGCCGAAGAUGCUACAUAGAGGGACUGUGUGCAUGUGACCUACAGCGAGCGUAGGCUACAGUAUCCUCACUGUAGGGGAGAUUAUUAACCAGCAUCAUCGACUACAUCACCGUCAUCACCAGCUUCGCUAUUGUGGAGACCACUUCACUGUUGAGUGCUGACCACUCGGCACCACCAACUUCACUUUCAAAUUGUGUUUUUUGAGAUUCCGUGCGUAUGGCGUUUUGACCGCGUGUGGGAGCGAACGCUUCUCCCUCUCACUACUCUCCAUGCUGUUUCACUCUUGUUGUCACGUUUGAACCAAAACGGACAGUCCAUGUUCAUCCGUCGCUAUUGCCAGACCGUGGGCCGUGGCUAAGAGUCCAAGUGGGUAAAGCGCACAGGCUCGGCAGCACAAGAGACUGAAAAGAGAUUACUUUGUGAAAGCUCGGGGACACCUAGUUUAACCCUGGAACUCCGCAAAACAAGCUAGGAUCUAUGAAAGCGACAAAGCCCAAAGAAGACAAGGAUGCAAGCAAGGUUCAAGAUGACUCUUUGUACACCCGGGAAUACAUUAUAUUACGUGAGGAUUCUCUUCAGUCCCUGGAGGAUUUAAACAAAGACUACGACUUUAACGCCAAGUGCCAUGAAAUCUUUUGCUGUCCGAUCGGGCUCAUCAUCUUAAGGAAAGGCAAGACUCCUGAAGAGCCCCAGCUGAAGGGGAUCGUGACCAAACUGAACAGCCGGCAGGGCUUCCAUCUCCAGCUGCAAGCUGAUGGGACCAUCGAUGGCACAAAAGAGGAGGACAACAGUUAUGCUGUGUUCAACCUCAUUCCAGUUGGGCUUCGAGUUGUGGCCAUUCAAGGAGUGCAGACCAAGCUCUACUUGGCCAUGAACAAUGAGGGCUUUCUUUACACCUCAGAACACUUCACACCGGAGUGCAAGUUCAAGGAGUCUGUUUUUGAGAACUAUUACGUGACUUACUCCUCCAUGAUCUACCGGCAGCAGCAGUCCGGUCGGGGCUGGUACCUCGGCUUAAACAAGGAGGGCCAGAUCAUGAAAGGGAACCAUGUGAAGAAGAACAAGCCGGCUGCACACUUCAUCCCCAAACCUCUGAAGGUGGCCCUGUACAGAGAGCCGUCCCUUCACGAUCUCACUGAGUUCUCGCGCUCGGGCAGCGGCACACCCACGAAGAGCCGAAGUGCGUCGGCCAUGUUGAACGGUGGCAAAACGCUGAGUCAUCACGAGUCGACAUAACCACGGCGACGUGGCCUCGGAGUCCCCCUCUGCACCGGCCAGAAGACACACGCGGGACUUCCUGCUGAUACGUACCAUCCAACCAAUCAGCACAAAUCAAACACAAGAGACGGACAUCUCCAAGAAAAAAAAAAGGCUACUGAUUAAGCUCCUGAGAUCACUGUGACGACAAGAUACAAGUGCAAAAUGAACAAAACACUGACAAUUAUGACGACAAGAAACACAUAUAUAUAUGUAUAAGAACAACAUACAAAACAAAGACUACAAUGACAACAACAGUACAGCAAGCCAUGUAUAAUGUUUGCGGGAUUGACCACUCCCUGGAAUUUCCCUGUUUUCACGUGUAGCAUAUUUCCUGUGCAUUUCCUUUCUAUGCGAGCCCUGCUAUAGCCUGGGACAGCAACCCCCCAGAGAUGUCUUGUCAGACAGUCCGCCGUUCUGAGCUCCUUCUUGUCUGUCCCUCUGAGGAAUCCAAGUGAGGUUCUUCCUAUUUUGUGCUUUGGCAGCUUCAGCAUGCUAUUAGCUGCUUUGCAUUUAAACUAAUACACCACAUGUUACAAAAUGGAGAGAGGGAGAGAAAGAUACAGAGGGGGUCGGAAAGAGAGAGAGAGAGAGGCAGUCUGGCAAGCAGGUAUGUCCUCCAUCUCCUCCGUCUCUUCAAGCAUUUGUUAGUCGUGUUUGGUCUCCUGGUGACUGAGUGUCCAGAGAGAGAAAGAGAGAGACAGAGCUCUGACCAUUUCCAAGCAUUUCUGUUCAUGACUAUUAGGUAGGAGUUUGGAUUCUGUCUCUGCACACCAAAGAAGAGUCUUCUGUUUCAAUGCCAGCCUGUUUCAAUAAGCCUACUCAUUCAUUUGCAGACGGAGAGCACAAGGUGCGCUAAGGGAGAAAUGCUAUUAAUCAGUGUUAUGAGUGGUGGGAGGGUGAAUGCCAUGGUAAUCAGUGGAAGGUGUUUGUGUGUCUUGUUAAUGUCUAUUUUUAUGAGUGAAUGCACCUGGGACCUUUUGAAAUAAUACAAAAAAAGACAGAAUGAAAAAACUAUCCAAGGCAAAGUUACUGUUUACGGCAGAGGUGGAGAAGUGUCUGUUUUCUAUCAAUGAUGAUGAAGAUCCUUUGUAUUCUGCGUGAGAGAGAGAGAGAGAGAAAACCAUCCUUGGCUUUAACUGAAGUUUCACAAUAGAUUGACACAUUCCAUGUGACGGUAUUGCUGUCAAAGAUCAUUUCCUUUCUCAAGGAUUAUGCUCUCCCAGUUUGCCUAGUCCAUGCUGAGUUUCUUGUUUCCUUGUUCCACAGGCUUCUUCCUUAUUCAUUGACCAUUUGUAUGUGUUGCAUGGGAGACAGUGUGGCUCUCUGGGAUAUAGCUGCAUGCCAUAAAGCUUUGUGUAUUCUUCCAUGUAGAAUCACGUUCUCCAGUUCAUGCCAGGGUAGAACUGAAUGUACAGUUAGGAUUUUGUCCUGGUAUACUCCAGUUUGUUAUCUGUUGUACACAUAAAAUGCACUAAAUAAAAUGUUUAUAUGAUAUAUACUUUAAAAUGACCCUUAGCUGUUUUGUUGAUUUGUCUGAUGUAAUCACACUGAACAGAGAUAGAAAGGCAACUGGGAGCAUUCUCAAAGAUCUGCAUGUAACAAAAUAAGUCAGUUCAGUAGAACGUUUGCGUUGGAUUCCGCAUGACUCUAGCUAUAGAUAUGAAUAGAUGCAUAGAAUGUAAGCAAAUCGAGGUUUUUGUGAGCUUGGGGAAGUUACAGGAUUUUUUUGUAUCUCAGUUAAUGAGACAUGGGACCAAAAUUCAACAUGUUGCAUUUUUAUACCUGUUCAGUGUGACCUGUAUGUCAAUGUCAAGAUUUGGUCUGGCUGUAAAGAUGAAUUCAACUUCGUUGAACUGCUGCCAGAAGAAGUGAGGGGAAACUGGGUUGCUUUUGGAUUGUACCAUUGGUUGACUUUAUACUGCUACAGUACACUCAGUCAAGACUCUUUAAAAAGCUUUCUCUGUAGUAUACAACACAAAACACACACCAAUGCCUCUCUGGGAAAAUGAAC